AUGGAAGGACUUAUUCCAUUAGUAUACAAAACCAUUAAGAGAACAAAAACUCGUCGAAAAUAUGAAUGUCUCUCUUUUGGUACUGCUAAUACUUAUGAUAUCGAAAAUUUCUAUCCAAAAAAUAAUAGUAAAGAUUACGAAACGUCAUCAAUUAAUGAUCAGAAGAUGGUGGUUGACAGUGAUGGUGGUAAUCAGACAGAGCAAAAACGUCAUCAUAGACGAACACAAUCCCUCCACGUGGAAUAUACCGGCGGAGUUUUACCGGAGGAUAAUAUUCCGGUGAAGGAUAAACAACUUUUGAAAUUUAGAAGUCAUCGUAGAAUGUUUUCAUGUGUUACUGGUGGAUGA